AUGAAGAUCUGUUGCUUCGGCCUGGUCCUGCUCCUGCUCCUGGUUCUGUCUGCAGUGCUGCCUGCCGACGCCCAGAAUGAUACCCCCUACCAGCGCUUCAAAAACAAUCACGUUUAUGGGAGCAUGACUAAGGACCAGUGUACCAGCGUGAUCAAGAAGAGGAAAAUUACACAAGGAAAAAACGAGUGCAAAGAUGUGAACAGUUUUAUACUGGCCAACGAUAAAGAGAUCAACGCUGUGUGUACUGGUGCUGGGGCUCCUCAGGGCGGAGAUUUAUAUAUGAGCGACAAGCUGUUCCCUGUGAUCGACUGUAAGCUGAAAAGUGGCGCGAGGUACCCGAAAUGUGAAUAUGGUGAAAAAGGUGUAGAGAGCUCUCGGUCUUCAAACCAGAGUAAGAAGUAA